UCUCGCACAGCAAGCAGACAUGCACGCGUGCGCACACUCUCUCUCUCUCUCUCUCUCUCACUCUCACUCACUCACUCACACACACACACACACACACACCCUUUCUGAAGGUUCUGGGAGCAGCGGCAGCUGCGGUGGUUAGCGUAGAAACAGAUUGGUCGUUGUGUUAGCUACAGCCCUGUCGGUUGAUUGAAUGGAUGCUUCAGCAAGCCUUUUAAGACUGGAUUCUUGUUUGGGAUUUUCACAAGAUAGAAGUAGGAUAUAUUUUCUGGGAUUUGUUUUAUUUCUAUGCUGUCCAUCUUUUUUCUCUCUCCCCACCCUUUCCCGGUGUGGUGUCGUCUAGAACGAACAAGUCUCACGCCUGAUCGGAAGUGGAUGGAGGUGGAUUUGUCGUCCGUUAUGCUUUUCAAUCUAUAGAUCUUUUUAGUGGAGGGCAGCGUAAAGGGCGCUUUUCCUUCCCUUUUUUCCCCAUCCAAGUGUGCUCUUUUGUUUCAUGGGGCUGAGCGUGCCCUGUAGCUCCCACAGUCAACUGAGCUAUUGUUGGGAUAAGGCCUCGACCACUAAGCGGACGAUUCUCUACCCAUCUCUUCCAUCUCCUUCCCCCAAUUCCCUGCUACUCUAUACAAAAAUCACCUUACGCCUGAAUCACCUCCCCAACCAUCUUUCCCCACACCUCCAUCUAUCCUCAUCAUCAUCUUAUCCUUGCCUCCCAUGCCCCAUUUUCUUCAUCCCUAUCCCUGCCCCCCUCCCCUCCCACAGUAUAGUGGCUACGUAAUGCGCCUCCCGAUGCAUGUGAAAGGGGAUGCUACAAAUGGUGGUUCGGACUGAUCGCUGAUAAUAAAAAGGGUGAUGUCUCUGCUGCAUCGGAUCUGCCCGGAAAAAUGCAGCAGAUGCCAUUCCACUGCAGUCUGGAUUGAGGGGCAGCCGUAGUAGCUUGCCUGUGGAUGUGAAUGAGAAAACGUGUGUGUGUGUGUGCGCGUGUGUGUAUGCGAGCAUGCACGCUGGUCCUCCAUCAUGUCUCUCGCUUGAUCCCUCAUAUGGGGCACCCCUGCUGAUGUGGGGGAGGCACUAAGCCUAAGGUAGGCCUCCCCCUGCCCCCUCCCCAGUAGUGCCCCCCCUUGCCUCCGGGGUCGCUAUGAAGAAGACGCGCAGCACUAACCUGCGGCGGGCCUGGCCCAGUUCGGAUCUGUCUGAGCGGCCACUGGAGCGCACACGCUCCCGGAGUGAGAAGGACUUCCGUCUACAGCAGAAACAUCACCACACUCCACCUCCUCCACCGCACAUCUCGCCAGGCCCCCCAAGGGGCUACAGAACACCAGGUGAUGUGUCUCCCAUCAGCAUGUCACCUAUCAGCCAGUCCCAGUUCAUCCCACUGGGGGAGAUCCUGUGUCUGGCUAUAUCAGCCAUGAACUCUGGUCGCAAGCCGGUCACCCAGGAGGCCCUGAUUGAACACCUUGCUACCUGUUUCCCAGGUGUUCCGACACCAAGUUUGGAGAUUCUGAGACACACUCUAAACAUGCUGGUGCGAGAGAGGAAAAUCUAUCCAACACCUGAAGGCUACUUCAUUGUCACUCCUCAGACCUACUUUAUAACCCCUAACCUCAUCCGAUCCAACAGUAAGUGGUACCACCUAGAUGAUCGGCAACAGCAACAACAGCAUCAGCAGUGCACAUCCCCACAGUCGGGCACCAUCACACCCUCCACCCCAGGCUGUGGGAGGGAGAGGCCCAACCAGAAGUACCACAGCGACUCCUACAACACAUACCGCGAUGAUACUCCUAUCCCUCAUGCCCCUGCAUAUCAGAGGAAGUCUCCCAAAGAGCCCCGGGGAGACCCGCCGUCAUAUCCUCAGCCACCACCUCCUCCAGGUCCCAUUCAGACACCAGUGCCGCUGUCACAAGAUCCUCUGACAGACAAGAGCAAGAGCAUGGCCCCCUUCCCUUACAAGACUGACACACUGACCAAAAAGAAGGAGGGAAGCAGCAGCAGUGGUGAGAAGCAAUCAAAAAAAUUUGGGCUGAAGCUGUUCAGGCUAAGUUUCAAGAAGGACAAGCUAAGGCAGCUAGCCACAUUUUCGGCCCAGUUCCCUCCUGAGGAAUGGCCGCUCCGUGAUGAGGAUGCGCCUGCCACCACCAUCCCCCGCACUGUAGAGAUGGAGAUCAUCCGGCGGAUCAACCCAGACCUGACAGUGGAGAAUGUGGCACGCCACACAGCUGUGAUGAAGAGGCUGGAGGAGGAGCGUGCUCAGAGGAGAAAAGCAACCAGCUCGGCUGAGCACAGUGCACGCAGCCGAAGGAGCCGUGGACACCGGCGGGUGCCUCACGGCAAGUCCCGUUCACACAGCAAGACUAGAGCCUCCCGGGGAGACCCAUCUGAGGGCUCAAACCUAGACAUGGCCAUUGUGGGCAGGGAUUACAGCCGCUUUUUUAGCCACUCGCUAGUGCGCUCACCACGGGAGGCCAUGUACACCUUGGAGCGGAAACGAAGCAGUGGGACUUACCUAGUCCACAGCAACCCCAAUAUCACGGAGUCCCACUUCCCCGUCACCCCAGAGUGGGACGUUUCGGGGGAGUUGGCUAAAAGGAGGACAGAGAUGCCUUUUCCUGAGCCUUCGAGGGGAACUUCAAGUGGGAAAGUUCAUCGUAGUCACAGUCACACUCAAGAAGGUAGGAAGUCGCGUGACGAGCUGCCUGACCAAACUAAGGAGAGGUCCCGCUCCAUGGAUAACGCUUUGAGCCCUCUAGGGGGAAUCAGUCCCUCUUUUAUAGGAAUAUCAGAAGACUAUGAACGGAGUCCCGAUGAGCGGAGUCGCUACUACACAGAUGAUGGGACUUUGCGGGCCUCCCAGAAGUCAUCCCAUUACUCAAGGAUCAUGUUCUCAGCUGCUAAGUUCAACUCUGAAAUGUGUGUGCCUGAUGUUGGAAAGGGGAGCUUAGGGAAGGGGAGCUUGGGGAAAGGGAGCUUGGAUGAGUCUAGGAUCCGAAGUCCACUGGAAAGGAACAAGAGCAGAGACAGCUUGCCAGCCUACAGUGAUUUGAAGGGACUCUCAUCCACACCCUCUGCAGAUGAUUACUUCCAGUGCAAUACAUCGAAUGAAACAAUCCUUACUGCACCUUCACCUCUGUCAAAAGCAGACCACGACACACUAACUUCAUCUGAGGGAAUUCGGAAGAGCUCUCCAGCCGAUCGUCAUACCCCUCACCUUACCUCUCCUCUAACAAUGGAAUACAAAGAGGACUCUUUGGCAAGAGGGCAAAACGGUUCAAAACAGCCAACACCAAGCCAGACCCCAGAGCCCAUGCCUAACAGACGUUUGACCCAACACCAACACAAUGCAGAUCCUGGAGGGGGAGGCAGUGGUAGCGUAACAGACAAGAGGAAAGAGAUCUUCAGCAAAGACACUUUGUUCAAGCCUCCACACAACAUAUUGACUGCAUGCUACGUGGAGGGCAGUUACACCAUGGCAGGAACCCUGAGAAAUACCCCACACAUUAAAUCAGCCGAGGUCCUUGAGAACCUAGAGGCCCAACAGCCUUCAAAUUCAGUAUCUUCCCCCGCUUCUGCUCUGAGCCCCCUGAGCUCCGAGCCAGUGCUCCCGUCAGCCUCAGAACCUGCAUUUGACUACUACAAUGUGUCAGAUGAUGAUGAGGAGGUGGUAGCAGAUGAGGCCUCACGGAAGGAGUCAGUGACAGCAGAGGACAAAGGGCAUGGAGAGACUGGAAAUGGGUGUGGGGUUGGAACCAUGCAGUGGCUUCUGGAGAGAGAGAAAGAGUGUGAUCUGCAGCGCAAGUUUGAGACCAACCUCACACUGCUCAGCCCCAAGGAGACAGAGAACAGCAGCAGCCAGAAGUCUGCACACUCGGCACGUCUGGAUAGUAUGGACAGCAGCAGCGUGACUGUAGACAGUGGAUUCAACUCACCAAGGACACGUGAAAGCCUGGCGUCAAACACAUCAAGCAUAGUGGAGAGCAAUAGACGACAGAAUCAAGCAUUGAGUCCAGGCCACAUGGGCACCACCAGCAUUGGCCCACCGUUCAGCUUUCGUGCCAUCCCAGAACCCCCGCACACCGCACAGCCUGAGAAACUACAGAAAUCCUCCACAUGUCUGGCAUCCAUUACCAGCGUCUGACCUGACAUAAAAUACAUAUAGACAUACAGACAGACACCAAGGCCUGAGGAUGGAGGUGGUAGCUUAUUAAGGAGAUUGUCAGGACCAUUGGAGGUCGGGGUAGUGGGGUUGGGGUUGGGUGGGUGGAGGAGGUGGGAGAAGGUGGUUCACAUUGUGCCCUCAUCUUCCCCUCACCCACCCAUACACACAACUCCAUCAAGCCCCAGAAAAUUAAACUAUUACUGGGACUGUUAACCACACAGGCAUGGCUUCCAUAGACUGUUCCCACAGCUUCAAAAAUGUCACUGCAUAAAACAAAACUGAAAAAUCAACAAAAUAACUAAAUAAUACCAACCAGAUUUAUUUUGUCUCCCACUGCAAGACUACCAAUCAGGAAUUAUCUUGAUUUUAAUUAUAUGAACUUUGAUUUUGUUUAUGGGAUGGAUUUCCAGAUUCCUCUUGUUGGUAUAGAAAAAUGUUGAUGAGUUUAGGAUUCAAGUCACAUUUGGGAGAAUCAGUAUUUUACGUUAUUCCAAUCCAUGUCCAAUGAAAUGUUUUCAAGAAUUACAAACAGUUCAUUAGGAUAAUAAAGCUUAUUUGUAUAUUGA